CCGCCGCUGCCCGCGAUGGUGGCCGCGCUGCUGGGCGGCGGCGCGGUGACCGUGCCGGGCGCCUGGCUGUGCCUGAUGGCGCUGCUGCAGCUGCUGGGCUCCGGGCUGGCGCACGGCCGCCGCCUCAUCUGCUGGCAGGCGCUGCUGCAGUGCCAAGGGGAGCCGGAGUGCAGCUACGCCUACAGCCAGUACGCCGAGGCGUGCGCGCCGGUGCUGGCGCAGCGCGGCGGGGGCGACGCGCCGGGGGCAGCCGCCGCCGCCGCCGCCGCCGCCGCAGCUUUCCCGGCCUCGCCGCGCUGGCGCUGCCCGAGCCACUGCAUCUCGGCGCUCAUUCAGCUCAACCACACGCGCCGAGGGCCCGCCCUGGAGGACUGUGACUGCGCGCAGGACGAGAACUGCAAGUCCACCAAGCGCGCCAUUGAGCCCUGCCUGCCCCGGACGAGCGGUAGCGGCGGCGGCGGUGGCGGGGGCGCGGGCGGCGCGGGCGGCGGCGGGGGCGCGGGCGGGGUCAUGGGCUGCACCGAAGCCCGGCGGCGCUGCGACCGCGACAGCCGCUGCAACCUGGCGCUGGGCCGCUACCUGACCUACUGCGGCAAGCUCUUCAACGGCCUGCGCUGCACGGACGAGUGCCGCGCCGUCAUCGAGGACAUGCUGGCCGUGCCCAAGGCUGCGCUGCUCAACGAUUGCGUCUGCGACGGCCUGGAGAGGCCCAUCUGCGAGUCGGUCAAGGAGAACAUGGCCCGCCUGUGCUUCGGCGCCGAGCUGGGCAACGGCGCGGGCAGCAGCGGCUCGGACGGCGGCAUGGACGACUACUACGACGAGGACUACGACGACGACCUGCGCCCGGGCGGCGCGGGCGCCGAGCAGCCGCUGGACGACGACGAGGGCGCCCCGCAUCCGCCGCGCCCGGGCGGCGGUGCUGCGGCGGCGGCUGCUGCGGCGGCGGCGGCGGCGGCGGCGGGCGGCCGCGGGGACCUGCCCUACGGGCCCGGGCGCAGGAGCGGCAGCGGCGGCCACCGCUCGGCGCCGCUCGCCCCGGUGCUGUUGCUGCUGCUGCUGCUGCUGCUCGGGCAGCUCUUUUAGCCCCCGAGGGCCCCGCGCCUGCCUGCCAGCGUGCGUGCGCGCGCGCUCUCCGGGCCGGGCACCUGUGGCUCGGGGACCGGCUGGCCAAAACUUGGCCACCCCGCCCCUGCCUGGCACCUCCCCGUGACUUGUUGGGCCGCCGCCUGGCUUCGAGGAGAGACCCACCUCCAUCCCCCACCAAAGUGUGGAUGCGUUGCUUACGGAGUUUCGGGACGCCCGGGGUAGGGGGGGAGGCUCUGGGCGUGCAGCAGGGUAGGGGUGAAAGGAGCAACUAACGUUUGCAAAGAGGCUGUGGGAUCGCGUGGGUCCUGCGUGGAAAACAAAAGGUGCAGGUCUUGGUCGGUUUGUGUCGCUUGUGGCCGAUGAGGACAUUGCAGUCGUUAAGUACCGGCCGUGGGUGCCUUGGGGGAAACCCUUGAUUCUGUCUUGGGUACCUUGGAGCCGUUGGUACCACUGAUGUCUUUAGCACAUGGCUCAGGAUGCGGGGCAGAUCGCUGAUCUAAAGAGUUGCCGUGGCGUGCAACAAUGCAACGUUGUGUAUUGGAAGACAGCGCCUCACUGCCAUCCAGGAGAGUCUCUUCGUGAGGCCUCGAGACAUUCUGUGUCCAAAAAUGCGGAGAACUUAGCGUGCCUCCGCACCUAUCAGGGUGCUGAGCCUUGGUACUUGGUAUAUAAAAUGUAUUAAAACUGGGGUUUGUUACCAGUUGUAUUGUGUAUAUAGAAUUUUUAUAAAUUGUAUGCUUCGGAAAAUAAUUUAUUUUUUAAAAAGAAAUGAAAGGUUUUUUAAGUCCACAUCCAUGUGACCCCCCCUCCCCUCCCAGAAAUGUCUAGAAUCUGUCACCGGGGAUCCGAGCCCAGAGUCCGUGGUGAAGUGUGGCCCGCCUACAACAGUCCUGAAAUGUACAGUGUAUUUUAUAGAUUUGAAGUUAACAUUGUUAUUUUCAAGAGAAUUUAUGGACAUUGUAGAAAUGUACAAAUGCAUUUCCAAACUGCCUUAAACAUUGUAUUUUUAUAGACAUCAUUUUUUAAAAAGUCCUAUGUUUUAAAUAACUAUGGCUUUGUGUAUUGUUUUGGCUAUUUGUUUUUAUUAAAAUGUGUACAUCA